AUGGAUCUGAUAAAGUAUAUGUUUGAAAAGCCAUUUGUCACUAGUAGAAUUGCUCAGUCGCAAAUGUUAUUGACCGAGUAUGAUAUCCAGUAUGUGACUCAAAAAGCUAUAAAGGCGAGUGUUCUAUAUGACUAUCUUGCUCACCAACCUGUGGAAGGUUAUCAACCGUUGAGGUUCAACUUUCUAGACGAAGAUAUCCUAUUAUCGGAGACUAUGCUAUGUCAGGCCCCCGAAGAAGGCCUUGAACCAGGAUCGCGAUGGACACUCGUGUUCGACGAUGCUUCUAAUGCUCUAGGUCAUCAGAUAGGCACAAUCACUAUUUCUCCAAGUGGAUCCCACCUUCCAUUUACCACUAGAUUAUGCUUUGACUGCACCAACAAUAUGGAAGAAUAUGAAGCAUGCAUCUAUGGUAUAAAGGCGGCCAUUGACUUAAGAAUCAAAAUUCUUGAAGUGUACGAAGAUUCCAUUAUGGUAAUCAGUCAGGUUAAGGGUGACUCAGAGACUCGGGAUAUCAAAUUGAUUCCUUACAAAGAGCAUAUUAGAAAACUAAUACCCUACUAUAAUGAAAUCUCUUUUCAUCAUAUCCCUAGGGAAAAAAAUCAGUUGGCAGACACUCUAGCUAUGUUGGCACCCAUGUUUAACGUCAAAUGGAAGAAUGAAGCACCUGCUAUCUAUAUUGACCACCUGGAUGAACCAACACAUUGUCUAGAAAUCGACGCAUAUUCUUAUGAUAACCCUUGGUUCUAUAACAUAAAGACAUAUAUAGAGAAACAAACAUAUCCCGAUGGUAUAUCCAUUACCAACAAGAAAGCUAUAAGAAGACUUUGCUCCAAAUUUUUCUUGAAUGGUAUUGUGAUAUAUAAGAGGAAUUAUGGUUAUGUGUUGCUCAGCUGCGAGGGUGUACAUGCAAAAGGACCUGCCAUGGACAAGAAGAUCCAUCGAGCUGGUUAUUACUGGACAACAAUGGAGGUCAAUUGUUACAACUUCUUCAUAAGAUGUCACAUGUGUCAGAUAUACGGUGACUAUGCCACCAACUUUGUAGAAUGUUUUAACUUCUCCAUGGGCCUUCUCUAUAUGGGGUAUUGA